CUUGCCCUCGUCUCUCUCACGCACGGCCCGGUCGGAGCUUAGAUUCCCAGUCGAUUGCCACCGGAGAUAACUACCACCCGGUGUGAAGUGGACUUUCGCUCUCUCAGAAUGUUACGCCACAGCUGGCAAUCGUUGCUUGGAGGCUAGCUCUGCACGAUUCGUACAGCAUAGCAUCGCAUCGGUGCAUUUCACACCGGCGAAAAUGAUCUCAUCUAUCAUGACACGCCACUGAAUUGGACCCUGACUGCUUCUCUGGCAACGCGGUGAUUUCCAGACCCUGCGCUUGGAAGAACAAGUCUCAGCUGUCACAUCUGUGAAAGAGCGGCGGGAGAACAUCAAAGCGAGUUCUAUGCAGACUCAAAUUCUGGAGCAGGCUCCGCUCUUCGGCGCGCUUUUCAGCGGUUGACUUCACUAUGCAAGAGUAUCUAAUCUUUGAUUGGGGGAGUCUUGGGAUGGACAGAUCAGGCCACCGGCAAGGGCUCAUCUACCCUCAAUGUCUCUGUGUGUAAAAUUUGAAUUUCUAAUCGAAGCCCGAAUAGGUCGAUCUGUCCUCCCCCGUUUUUGGCUCAAAUCUGGUUCUCAGAAGGAAGCGAAGGUGGCCAGGCCUCACAGGAAAGUCUGAAUGGAAUAUCCUAUUCUUACGAGGUUCUGUGCGCACUACACGUUGGGGACUUAUUGCUCCCGUGGUCUGGUCCUUGUGCAUCUCAGGGACGCGCGUCUCAGCGGCAGUCAGCUUCCUUAAUGGGACAGGCAAACUUACUAUAAGAGCGGCUUGCAUCGACCGGUAUUCGACAGCUUCCAGCUUCGUACAGUUCUCUCUAUGUCUCGCAGGAACCUUGCAGUUAAUCCCCCCGACUUGGUCGAUGAUAUCGCCCUCGAUGGCGAGACCAAGGUGACCGUCAAGCCCGACCUGAAUCCCGUCCCUUACGGCAAGGAUGGACUCGAGAUCACCCCCGGCAUCCAGUGUGUUCCGUUCGAAAAGAGGCUCGACAACCACCGGGGUUCGUCGCUUCCCGGAGCGUACAUUUAUCGUCUCAAAGUCCCUCGGCCGGCAUCCGUUACGACUCAGUGGUCGCCGCCCAGCCUGCGAAAUGUCCCGUCGGGUAUAACUCAAAGCGACUUGCGUGACCCGAUCACGAAACAACCCUUGCAUCCUGAACGGACACUGACGAACGGGGAUAUCUUUUGCGUCAAGAAUGGCAAAUUCACCCUCAACUAUAUGGAUGAAAAGCUUCACGCCCCUCGCACAAUGCGCGUGGUGGGAAAAGAUAAGAAUUACGUGAAAAUUGAGAUCUGCGGGGAGUUCAUGACCUCCAAUGGGCAGUUGCCCGGGCCCAGCUUCUACAAGUAUCAGUACCGAUUCGAGAUGGCGGUUCAAGUACCGGCUCACGAGGUCAUUAGCCGUGACUGGAUUCCUAGAUCUCAAUUGGACACCGUUCCGAAUGAUAUCUAACCCGGAUUCAAUACAAAUUUCGUCGAAAUAUCUACAAGCACUGCUGUGUAAAUCAAUCUUCUAUCCAGUGUCCGCGGCGAGCCCCCAUGGCUCCAUGGCUCCUGCGCGUGAUGACUGAGGCCUCCCGUUGAUGCUGGUGUUGAAGCGAAGUUACAUCGAGAAUUAGACCAUCACUGACAAGACAUGACUAUGACAAUCCUUCUCUGUGCGUCUCCGUAAGUGUACCACAUCGAAAUGUGGAAUUCUGUCGUAGAAAAUUCACAAUAAGGGUCCAACAUCCGAAGGCAUGGCACUGGAACGACAUGCACAUAAUCAUCAUCAGAGUCGCAGACCAAGCGGGCAUCUACGGAAGUCCUUGAGUAUCAUGAUCUAUUGUUUUCACAGUAUGAGAGCAAGCAGGAUAACUCCCAGAGUGCAUUUGAG